AUGUCUGCAUCCCUCAACUAUCGCCGUCCUGUCUAUGUCACUUCUUCCCGCCAGUCUCUUGACUCCGAAAAAGGUGGCCAGGCUGAAUCUGUCACUUCCAGCUCCAGCUCACCAUAUGGCAUCCCCGACGCUCUUUCUUUUGAUAGAAUCAUCAGUGGCGGCACCUGUCCACCCGUGAGUGUGCGCGAGUUCAUGGAUUUUCUCCGCUAUAUCGAAUAUGAUGCCGAGAAUCUCCAAUUCUUCCUCUGGUACCGCGACUACUGCAAGCGCUUUGCCGAACUUCCACAAAAUGAGCAGAUGCUCGCCAAAGAAUGGACUCCAGAGCAUGCCCUAGCAGAGAAGACCAGUGCAGAGAAGGAGAAGCUUCCCAAGAAGAUCGCCCCCGAAGCUGCAGCCGUCCUCAAAGGCACCGAUUUCGACCCUCAGGCCAAGGCUGUAAUGCCAGAAGCCGUUCCAAACCCAUUCAACACACCGCCGCGCACCCCAUCCGCCACGGAUCGGGAAAGUGUCGCUCCAUCCACAGCCCGUUGGAGCGAGGACGGUUCCACUCUGCCUGCCGGAAGUCUGCCCCUGGGGAAAAAGGCUCAGACCGCUUUUGACGAAGCUGGCGCCCUCCAACCAUUUACCAUCCAACCUUUCCGUGAAGAGAUCUCUCGCAUCAUUGCAAUUUACAUUGCCGAUGGCGGAGCACGCUUGCUCAAUCUGUCCUCCAAAGAGAAGGCUGGUCUCCUGAAGGCUCUCUCCGUCACCACCCAUCCUUCUGCGUUCCGUGGGGUCGUGGCCACCGUUGAAUGGACCCUCCGCCACCAAGCACAUCCCAAUUUUAUUCGCUGGACCAUCUGCAACGGCAACCCACCUAGACAGACAUUUGCUCGUGGCCUUGGUGUCGCCGGCAUAGUCGCCGGAAUCGUUUAUGCCAUCGUUAUCACCCUCAGCUCCGCGCAUCGCGGCUGGAGAGCUCUCGCUUUCCUCGGUCUCUUUAUCGGUAUCUCCACCCUGUUUGCCGCUUGGAAGGGCAUGUGUGUGGUCUUGCACGGCAUGCACCAUCGCCAUCUGCGCCCUUGGGAGCUAUUCCAGGAUUCCGAAUCAGCUGCUUCCGAGUACGCCUUGGGCAAAGGUUCCUUCGACACCCUGGGAUCGAGCAACAGCUACGAAGAUGAACCCUGGGUCGCCCAGUAUGAAAAACGCAAUGUCAUUCGCAAAAUCUUUGACCGUGAAGUUUGGAUUCAAGAACCUGCUCUUCGUCAAAUCCAAGACACUAUUUUCCUCCAAGCUCUUAUCGUCGCCUUUAUCAUCGGGGCCAUCACAACCGCCAUCUUCUUGGCUGUCCCUCGCGGUAAUUUCUUUUAA